AUGGUGGAACAAAAUUUAUCUCGACCAUAUGAUUUGGCAUUGGUUCGGCUAAUUUUUGAUUCCAUUGAUGUUGAGUCAAAUUACUUUCAAUCCUCCAUCAGAUCAGUCGCAAGCGCACAUCAUCAACUUCAUUCGCCCGGCGAGAACUCCAUGAGGGAUGAAGAACAGAAUGAUGAUUUCGGUCCGAAUCAACGAGUUGACUUCAACAUUUCAUCUCGAGGUCAAUCUUCAAACGGGAUUAUAAUCACAGAGCUACUGAAUGUUUCAGAUAUUUCUACAGAGGACAUCGCCAUCUGGCAUCCCUACAAGCCGCGAAUCGUCGCUUCCCUCUCACUCAGAUUGGCAUUCAUCGAGAAAAGAGUUGCUUCAAGUUACUCGUGGGCUGGCAUGAUCGACAAAUUUAAUGACAUAAUCGGUAUCGGGGAUAUUAGCAUACUGAUUAAAUGUGAAUUACGAAAUUUGGAAAUUACGUUAUCCCUCAAGAUUCUCGUCUUUGUGAUGGACAGUAAACAAGCGGGGUCGCGUCCCUGGAAAAUUAACCAGGUCAACGUGGCAAAUUUAGAAGAUUGCUCCCCUUACACUACAAACAUCACCUCAAAUACCUCCAAAUUCGAAAGACCAUUAGAUUCAGCUGUUGAGCAGAAAUCCUUACAACAGGAUGCGAAGCAAAGAGUGCUGAAAUACCAACUGCACAUCCGAAAAAAUUCACAGUGUCCUCCUGAUGAUACUCUCCCUACACCUUUGCCUCUUGGUGCUCACAGCGGGCUACUGCAAGAAUUGACUUUCGAUCAAGGCAAAGGUCAAUUUCUAUGGGCGUCCGAAAGCUAUCAAGGGAAUUUGAAGAAACGUCGAAUGAAUGGCGGUUCAUCACCGGCUUCUCUCAAGCCCUACGAUACGAAGGUACCUCCGCGAAAUACCGACGAACGUCACCCCUCGAAAACGGUGGCCGAAAUGUGGAGAGAAGAACCGGAAGAGAUUAAGUUGUAUUAUCAGAGGGAAGCUGAUUUGGCUCUCGUGGAGCAUAAGAAGAAAUAUCCUUACUACAAGUAUAAGCCGAAGAAGAAGGAUAGUAAAAAUAAAGGCAACUCGGCACCUUCCUCCACCGACUCAGCCAAAGUUUCGGGCCCCGAAGACCCAAAGGAAGAUUCGCAAGUGCCAAUAGAACACAGGAAACAAGCAUCCAUGGAAUCAGCAUUUACGGUAUUCGAAUUUCGACCAUCGUCCGACAAGCGAGAGGAGAGAGUGGAAGAAGUCGCAACGCCAGAGACUUUCAUGGAAACGCCACCUGUAACGCCAAUUUGGGCCGAUUUUCCUGCGGAAUUGAAUCAAUGUCCUAAUUGCCAUCAUCAAAAAUCUUGGACAGAAGCUACCUUAUCAUUGAUUGACGAGCAAGCACUUUCCUUCAUUCCCGAAUAUCACAAUCUUCAAUCUUAUACACCUUCACUGACUCCCACCCAAGUCCUGGAGAAUUCCAUGACAUCACCCUUUCCCGCGACACUGAACGAGGCCGACUUUUCUCAGUUUAAUGAUGACAUCAGUAACAACAAUGAAAUCAGUAUCCCCGAGAUCACUGCCGACGCUUCGGACGUCAUGGCAUUUCUAUUGACACAGACCAGCAAUUGGAAUUCGACCGAAGAUCUCGCCAGAUACGUCGUUCCCUCUCAGGACGCAACAAUAUUACCUUCCGCCACACUGCCGGAACUCCCACCAACACCAACGAGUCCCGGAAACUUCUUUCCAUACGUAACAAACGUUGAAACCACUCAGUCGAUUCAACAACUCCUCCAGUUACAAACCCAAUUUCAGGAUUCAUAUUUAAACAAUUAA